AUGUCCCAUGAUCAGUGGAUGGUACCGAAUAGGGUAAAGGUUUCAGGCACAUGGAACCUACAUUCGGCAUUGCAAAAAGCCGCAUUGGACUUUUUUGUGGUCUUCAGCUCAAUGUCUGGUCAAGUCGGCAACCCAGGGCAAGGAAACUAUGCUACAGCAAGCACAUUCUUAGAUGACUUUGUUCAAUACCGUCAUACUAACGGCAUGCCUGCGUCAGUGCUGGAUAUUGGCUGUGUGGAGGGUAUCGGAAUUCUUAAACAAACGCCACAUGCUGUCCAGAGAAUGCGAGCAAUAUCAAUACGCUUUAUCGAGGAGUCUGAGCUAAUGGACUCCUUGCACUUGGUGAUUCGGCGGUCCCGCCCUGAGUUAUUCAAUAAGAAAAGACCCGAAUCUGUGGGUCUGGGUAUUGGGCUUUGUCCAACAAAGGCAUUCAGUCAAGUCCAGGACCUUCCCGUCUGGAGGACAUUAGAUGCUCGUGCGCGUGCUAUUGUCAAUUAUGACUCAUUUGAACAAUCAGACAGCAAUGCUGAACCCGACAGCCUCCAGGAGCUGGUGGACGAAUUGGAAGCCAAUCCUGCUACGCUAAAGGAUCCCGAAUUUGAGAAGAGGAUACGGGGAGAAGUUGGACGUUUGAUCUCCACAUAUAUAUCCAAGCACGAGGAUAUGACUGAUGAGGAGAUUCACAAUAUCACAACUGAUUCACUUAUGUCUAUCGAGAUCAGAAAUUGGGCCCGGCGCUGA